UCUAUGAGAAAUAUAUGAUUAUUAUUUAGUGCGCAAUUGAAUACACAAUUAUUUCAAACUAUGUGUUUUUGGACAAUGAAUACUAAAUUUAACAAAAGCGGGUUGCAAGUGAAUAAUGUUCGAAACCGUAGGCCCACUGUUACUUCAAUAUAAAACAUUUAAUAAGUACAUACUAUACCUAUGUUAAAACACACAAUUGCCUAAAUUCAAAAUAGAUUUUGGUUGUACAAGUGUAUAAAAAUAAAACAAAUACCGAUAGAUAAGUAUAUAUCUACUUAUGUACAAUUGCAUUCAUCAACGGUUUGAUCAAAAAUCAUGCUGGCCAACUCAUUCUGCGGUUGGAGAAAAUAUAAAACCCAUGAUCAACAUCAUAGAACCCUAAAGAGAAAAAAUCGACAGAACCCAUCAGAGACAACAGUUCACAUAGAAGUAAACUCCAACGAAAUCCAGUUUCCAGGUUCUUACAGAUUUAAUUUUGACUCAAAAAACAUAAAUAUCGGGCGAAUGAAUAUUCUUGGACAUAAGAGAGGUAAUUUCCGUGUAACUCGAUAUGUCACGGUCACCGUACUCUUAAUUUUAUCGACUGCAGUCAAUGCUUAUGCUCAGCCAGAAAUUAAAAACUUCAGUAAUUCUUCCAACGGCGUUAGUCCGGAAAUGGUUAUGUUGAGUAACGAAACAAGCAAUAGUGCAAACGUACUAUCAGAAAAAAAUGAUUCUUCUUCAAUAUCGGCGGAUGAUAAAAUAAAUGAAAAUAUGGGAAUAUUUCAAAUGAAAGUACAAAGUAAACAGGGGAAAAAAAGUACCCCUUUAGCAAAGGUAUCAGAGCAUGGAGAUCUAUCAAGAGUUCAAAGUGUAUCUUUGUAUCGCAAUACCUUAAUAAAUAUAGAAAGUAUGCUACAACGUCAGUUGCGUGAGAAAGCUAAAGUGGAUAGUAUAGAAUCGAUUAAAAUGCACAUACUUAUGCGCUUGAAUUUAAAAAAACUUCCCAAUAUAACAAAACCAAUUUCAGUACCACAAAAUAUAAUAGAUAACUUUUAUAGAGAUUAUAAUGCAUCUUCAAAAAAUACUGUUUGGAAUCGCAUGGAAAACAUUGACGAAUCUCAUUUAUCUAUAAAUGACACUUAUGGCGGCCACAUAAUGACUGAUUUUUCUGAUGAAAGUUCAUCCUCCCAAAUGCAGGGAGAUGAUGCUAACACUGUUAAUGAAUUUUUGGUAGAUUUGAAUAAAAAUCAAGCUAAAAAAUCGGACAUUCCCAUUAAUACCAACGAUGAGGAGUACGAAAGUAUUUUGUCUCACAUCAGCAGUAUUUACAUCUUUCCCGAAGAAAUUCAACCUCAUGUUCGACACAAUCGCAAGGUCGAUGUUUUUCGAUUUCAAAUUGACAGUAGCUACUCUGAUUUGUCUUACGCUACCCUUCAUCUAUAUUUACGUGGUUGGGAUUGGAUAAGUGCUCAUCAACCUGGACUUCUUGAAGAAAUUAAAAAACAGCCACGUAAAGAUAUUGUUGUGACUAUUCACCGCGCUAUUAGGGUUGCAAAUACAACAAGCUUUACUCCGAAAGUCAAAAUGUUUGAGUUUCGACAUAGUAUUCCCUCAGGACUUGGACGAUGGGUUGCUGUGGACUUAAAGUCUCUGCUUGGUAAUCUAGGGUCUAAUAUGACGCAGGAAAUUCUAAUAAAGGGCGCAGAAACCUGGAUGAAGACAUUAGUGGUGACCACAGACAACACAUCGAAAAAUCCAUUGACUGUUCACAUAGAAAUUGGGUCGCAAAAAAAGCAUCGGAGAAAGCGCAGCGUAUAUAUGGACUGCACAGAAAAUGAUCAUGACAUGCGCUGUUGUCGAUAUCCCCUUAAAGUUAAUUUCACCAGCUUUGGAUGGCAUUUCGUUGUAGCACCAACGUCCUUUGACGCAUACUUCUGCAGUGGUGAUUGCAAAGUUGGUUACCUAGAGCAAUAUCCCCAUACACAUUUAGCAGCCUUAACGACAUCGGCCACACCGUGUUGCUCGCCGACAAAAAUGAGUUCCUUAAGUUUGUUAUAUUUUGAUGAUAACCAUAAUCUGGUUUUAAGUGUUAUACCAAAUAUGUCUGUCGAGGGUUGCAGCUGUUCUUAGCGAACAAAAUUUGAAAGUGUCCCUUAAAAAUAGAUCUAAUACAUAUGGUAUGUAAAUAAAUUAACGCAAAGGAAUAUUGAUCUGUUUAAGAACGCUAGUUUAAAGUACAAUUCUCAGAUUUUAUAUAAAAUUUACACCUUUUAAAUGUAAAAUAGGCCAGAUUGCAUUCUGAUGAUUCCCAAAUGAAUAAAUAGAUCGCAAUUAAAAACAGUAAAAAUUGAAAAAAAUAUAUAUAUAUGUAAAAAUGAAUUCCUACAUUACCUUAUAAGAUAAAUAUAGAGCCAAGCAAUAUCUUUUAAAAUGUGCAUUACAAAUUACAAAUGAAAAGCAAACAAAAAAUAAUCGUUUUAUAUAAAAUGAUUGUAUGACGCAUAAAGAAAUACAAGGUUAAAAUAAACUAAGUACCUUAAGUUUUGAUAAAAA